AUGGCUGUGCCGUCGAAAGACGAUAUUAAUCUCAUACUUUCUUCAUUGCUUUCAAAACCAGAAAAUAAGAUUUGCUUUGACUGUCAUUCUGGAAACCCUACAUGGGCCAGUGUUACCUAUGGUGUUUUUGUCUGCAUUGACUGUUCAGCCGUUCACAGAUCAUUAGGAGUUCACCUCAGUUUCAUUCGAUCCACACAGUUGGACACAAGUUGGACAUGGGAGCAACUCCGUGCUAUGCAAGUCGGCGGGAAUGCCAAAGCAACAUCUUUUUUCCAGCAGCAUUCGGGUGUGCUUGAUGAUAUUAAGCAGAAAUACAAUAGCAGAGCGGCUCGCUUGUAUAGAGUGAAAAUUGAAAGACUCGCAAGCGAAGCUAUGAAAAUGUAUGGAACACAGCCUCUGUUUGAAGUAGAAGAAAAACCACUUGUUCAGGAAAAGGAGAAAGACUUUUUCGAGGAGUUCACUAAAGACGUUGGGGCAGAGGAUUUAUCUGGAAUGACCCUUAGCGGUCUUAGCACCACGAAGGAUCUCACCGUCAAAGCAAACGGCAAGACAUUAUUUUUCGUGCACAGUCUGUUUCUUGCGACCUAA